UUCUAUCUAUCUACAUACAUAUAUAGUAUAAAUACACACAUCGGUUAUUACACUCGGAGAGCAACACUUUUGUUGUUAAUAUCAUGGCACAAACAACAAUUAAAGCCAUGCAAAUUUUUAGGCACCUAUGUUGUCUAGCAGCCACAGUUGAUCCUCUUCUCUCCUAACACUUUAUUACUAAAUUAUUUUCUAUAUCCUAUAACACCCAUAUUACAUAUUUUGGCCCUCUUUUUUUCAUAUUUUUCUAUCAUUUUUUUAAGAAAAAUCUUUGCCAUCCAUCCACAUUUUUAUCUAGAAAAUUGAAGGCCUACAAAGACGACAGCCAGUAUCACCACCAAACCAGACCACCUCGCCCUCAGCAAAAGAACCGACAAAACAUCAUAUCAGUCCUUUUUUUAAUUGUCAGCAUAUUUUUUUGAUGUUUAAUCAUUUAUUGUUGCGAUAUGCCUCGAUGCCGUUGCAUUGAAUGUAUGGGAUAACCUUAAACAGGAAAUAAUUAUCAUCUCAUUAAAGAUAUAUUGUAGUUAUUUUGCUCCGUAUCCACUAUGAGCUGGCAUUCAUUUAAUUUUGACACACAAAAAAUUUUGGUAAGAAAGAAAUGUUGCUGGUUUGAAUGUCCUGGAAGACUCCGAUCAUAAAUAAUACUUCAUCAAAAGAAGGAAAAUUAGGGUAAAAUCCCCAACUAUAAAUAUCCCCUCAAUCCCAUCCCUUUCCUCUGUCCCCAUUGCUUUGUCUCCCACCCGCCGGUGAAGAGAAGGAAAAACCAGUGGUCACGAGCCAAAGAAGGCCGAGAAAGGAGCAAAUAUGUCGAACAUCACCACUGAAUCCUCCAUGGACUCCUCCUCCCCUCCGCCCCCGGUGCGCCAUGCGCCAUGCGCCGUGUGCGCUCACCUGCGGCAGAGGUGCCGCCGGGACUGCCCCUUUGCGCUGCACUUCCCAGGCGACAGGCCGACAUGCCUUGAUUUUUUAUGUCUGGCUUACGGAGCACAGCAUGCGGCGAGAAUGCUUGGGCUGUUGGACCGAGGGCAGUGGACGUCGGCAGCACAUUCACUGGUAUACGCUGCAAUCCUUCGCCUUCGAAACCGUGAGCGUGAAGCCCUCGAUGCCAUGGUUAGACUCCAGAAUGAAGUGGUCGAUCUACAAGUCAGCAAUUCGAUUCUGAGAAAUCAGAUUGCUGCUCGACAGCAGCCCCGACAACGUCCGCUCAGCAUCUAUGAUCUGAUCCAAUGGCCAACUAAUGGCGGGCUGGCCGGCGUGAAUCAACCCCCUGGCGGCCAGACCGGGAGGAGGCCACCUGCCUCUGGCCCUGGGGAAGGAAUCGUGCCACCUGGUGGUCAGCAUGGGGCACCAAGCUCUUCUGGGGACAACAACCGGUUUGAGGAAUAAUAUGGACAUGGUGACAGAAAAAGACAUGAGUUUUGCUUAAAAGUAUUGCCAGUUCCAGAAUAAAUUGAGGGUCUUUCACCCUCAUGUGCUUGUUACAGUGACAUUGCUUGUUUGAAAUCCUUUUUCAUGGCAUGUGCAUGAACUAUUCAACUCUGUUUUGUUUAAUAAUGCAGUGUGAUUUAAGACUAAAAGUUAUCUCGGUACAACAUUAGA